GUAGACCAAUGUUUUUAAGUAAUCCAAAAUGGCGGAGGCUGGUGUUGAGACAGCUGCGUCCUCUAAUAGGUUUUUUUGUCACAAAUGCAAUGUUGAGAUAACUCCAAAUUUGCCGGAUUAUGUAUGUCCUCGUUGUAAUAGUGGCUUUAUUGAAGAGCUCGAUGGACGUGCUGAAAAUUCUGAUAGUGACACAUCAAGUGACAUGGACUUAGAGCAGUUCGAUACUUGGGACAUGCUUCAAGAUGUCACAUCUGGUGGACAAGGUGCUUCAUCAUCACCAUCAGGGUCAGCUUCAGGGCCGGGAACCAGGAGGAGUCAGCGUUUAAGGCAUCUCAACCCAAGGCAUGGGCGAAGGAGAGUGAGUGGAGGAGAGAGACACGCUCUUGCACCUCUAAUACAUGACCUCAUCAUGCAAAUGACAACAGGUGUUAUUGAGGCUAGUGUAGGAGGCCCAGAAUUUGCAGGGGCACCCAUAGGCAUUGAUCUCCCAGGUUUCCCAGUGUUGGUGGCAUCUAAUCUAGCUUCAAAUCCUGGUGAUUACGCAUGGGGCAGGGGUGGGCUGGAUGCGAUCAUAACUCAGUUGAUGAAUCAGCUAGAUGGAACUGGUCCUCCUCCAUUGUCCCGAGAUCAGAUAUCUCAAAUACCAACAGUUAACAUCACCAAAGAUCAGGCUGAACAAGGACUACAAUGCUCAGUAUGUAUGGAAGACUUCAAGGAAGACGAGGGUGUGCGUCAGUUGCAUUGUGAGCAUUGUUAUCACAGUGAUUGUAUCAUUCCAUGGUUAGAGCUUGUAAGUAUUACAUUUUUUAUUUGGUUUUCAUGCUUCAAUGAUUAAUUGGCCACAAUUAAA